UUUCAGGCUUACAGCCUAUUUUCCAGCCUGCUGAGGAAGCGGCACUUUACGAGCGGCACGCCGGUGAAUCUGCAGCCCGUUUCACUCGCGUCCCAUCAUAGUUUGGACUUUCAGAACCAAAUCAGCUUCAGCGGAAAAGUGUCUUCGGCUUUAAAGCAUCGCUUUUGUCCCAGCCAUGGCUGUGAACGUGUACUCCACAUCAGUGACAAGUGAAAACCUCAGCCGCCAUGACAUGCUCACAUGGAUAAACGAGUCUUUACAGAUGAACCAUGCCAAGAUCGAGCAACUGUGCUCAGGUGCUGCUUACUGUCAUUUCAUGGACAUGCUGUUCCCAUCAUGUAUUCCACUGAAGAAAGUCAAAUUCCAGGCCAAACUUGAGCACGAAUACAUCCAUAACUUCAAACUCCUUCAAGGCAGCUUCAAAAAGAUGGGAGUUAGCAAAAUUAUUCCUGUUGACAAGCUUGUGAAGGGCAAGUUCCAGGAUAACUUUGAGUUUGUGCAAUGGUUUAAGAAGUUCUUCGAUGCAAAUUAUGAUGGAAAGGAAUAUGAUCCGAUGGCAGCUCGGCAGGGACAAGAAAUGCCAACCAGUCAGAGUCCAGCAGCAGCUACAGCUAACAAGCCAAAGAAACCCAGCUCAGACACAGGCAUCACACCUGCAGUCAAGCCAAUGGCCCCUGUUGGUAAGAAAUUGAGAACUGUGAGUUUUAGUUCAAGCACAUUGUCUACAAGUUCUCUUUUGGGUCUAUGGCACUUGUUGGUGGAAUUAACAAAAAUAUAUGUAAUUCUUUGCUUAUGCUCAUCUGAGCAGAUAAAUGACCUGAAGGCUACUAUUGCUGACAUGGAAAAGGAAAGGGAUUUCUACUUUGGCAAACUGAGAAACAUUGAGCUCAUCUGCCAAGAGAAAGAGGGUGAGGGUGAUCCUACACUGCAAAGGAUUGUGGAUAUUCUGUACGCCACAGACGAUGGUUUUGUAAUUCCCGAGGAUGAGGUGGGCGAACCAGAAGAGUUUUGACCAAUACAGGGGUGACUGUCUUAAAAAAAAAAAA